AGCACUUGGAAGCAUUCAACGGCCAUCAUUCACAAUGUCUCUGGCGUCAAUAGUCUUGCGCAGACCAUACCUCCUGAGGCCGACUUAUUCUCUCAUUCCUUCCCAGCAUGCUGCUUUCUCGACGUCGCUUAUAAAUGAGACCGCCUCCAGACCUAGUCCAUCAGGUACGGUCUUAUCCGUUAGGAAGAAUGUCAUCUCUACGUGUGAGGCUGGAAGGACUUUCCCCAAGUUGGCCUUGUACAAAGACCAACCAGCACCAGUAGCGAUGAAGGAUGAAGAGUAUCCUGAUUGGUUAUGGACAAUACUAGACGAAGGCAAAGCGGCGGAGGUGAUGAUGGGACCGAGAGAUACUCCUGUACCGGGAGAGCCUAUGGAUUAUAAUUAUGAGAAGAAGCGCCUGAGGCAAUUGAAUCGCUCAAAUAUCAAAGCUAAGAACUUCUUGAAACGGACUGGAUAGUCCAUUAAUUCUAUGUAUCAUCAUCGAGGGCUCGAGACACAGUGUCGGAUCGCAAAUCACGAUGCUGAGGAGCUCUAGACUGUAUUUCUCGCAGCUAUUCAUUUUGAUACUUCAGCGCUCAGCAACGAGCCAGCGGUCGCUGCGGAAGCCUGCGACAGGUCUCGAUGGGAGGUCUGGAUCAAGUGUUGCACAUGCAGUACGAGUCAUAGGCGAACGCACCCACCGGGGCUCUUCUCCGUGGCUUACCCUGUG